AUAGCGCGCACGCGCCCCCGCCGACACGAGGGCGCGCACACGCGAAGGAUCCCCCCUCCGAUCGCCGUAGGCCCGCCCCGGCGGAGUCGCGCGUGCCUGCUUGGCAAAGGAUCGCGAAACGCGCCGUUAUGUUAUUUAUAGCAACGUCGAGCUCGAGUCGCAAGCGUGCGUAUCACCAUCGUAUCGCGUCGCUAAUCGCUGGCCGGGGCGUGUCAAUGCCGCGAAGAUCAGGCAGACGGACGCUGAUCACAGGGCUGGUCGCUGGCGGGGAGAUUGAGGGCGGGGCUGGCUGCCUAUGUAUGCGGAUUGCGGUCGUAAGGGCAAUACGUACGAUGGGAGGCGCUACGCGCGUCGUUGGGCGUUGUUUGGACUUGUUCUUGUGGUGGUGGCGGUGUCGUCAGUCUGUCCGUUUAUGCAUCUGUUCAUCCCCCCGUGCCAUCUCGGUCUUCGUACCCGCCUUCGCGCCUCCUACCUUUCUUGUACUUCACCGUCGUAUCCCUAUCCAUCCAUCCGCGUGCCUACAUACCUGCAUACGUACGUACCUCCCAGCAGCAGCAGCAGCCCAACACGAGGCACACGCCGCAAACACAAUCUCUCUCUCCCCUCCUCUGUCUCUCUCUCUCUCUCUCACUCCCGCAGCACGCAAUAGAUACGACACGACCCCCCUCACCCCCAGCAAGCCGUAUAACCGCCCAACAUCCAAUCCGUACAUAUACGCAUGUCAAUAAACACAGCCACAUAUCAAAUACCCCGCCCCAAACCCAACCCAACCCAAUCAAGCACAGAUACAUAUGCCUAUCGAAUCAGGCCCCAACGCGUGCGGCAUAGCGCAGUGCAGACAUCCAGGCAGCUUCGGCAACUCUUUUACCGCUCGGGCAGCAACAACCAUGCCGCCAACGCCAACAGCGCCGCCUCCACUCCAUUCCUCCGUACAUACGCACACACACAGCCGCGUCUGUCGUGUGCCAUAGCGA